UCCCAGAGUGCCCCGCGCGCGGCGGGCAUGAUAACAAACCCCCGGGGCUCCCACGCGGGUUGUUCGGCUGUGUGUAGGCAUCGUGGUGUGUGAGACGACGGCUGUCUGCGAGCGGUGCCGGGCUAGCGCAUCGUCAACCCGAGCGAUGGCGCUGUUCCGGGCAAUGUGGGGCGUGCUAAGGGCACUGGGGCGCUCGGGGGCCGAGAUGUGCGCGGGCUGCGGGGGUCGCAUGCCCUCGCCGCUCAGCCUUGUCUGUAUUCCGAAAUGGUUUUCAUCUAACAUGGGUAAUUAUCCAAAGAAACCUAUGAGUUCAUACCUUCGGUUUUCUACAGAACAGCUACCCAGAUUUAAAGCUAAACACCCAGAUGCAAAACUUUCAGACCUGGUUAGAAAAAUUGCAGCCGCAUGGAGGGAACUACCGGAUGCAGAAAAAAAAGUGUAUGAAGCUGAUUUUAAGGCAGAAUGGAGAGCGUACAAAGAAGCUAUGAGCAGAUUUAAAGACCAGCUAACUCCAAGUCAGUUGGUAUCUUUUGAGAAAGAAGUCAGGCAGAAACGUAUGAAAAAGCAAGCAUUAGUAAAAAAGAAAGAAUUAAUGUUGCUUGGAAAACCAAAAAGACCUCGAUCAGCAUACAACAUUUACGUAUCUGAAAGCUUUCAAGAGGCUACAGAGCAAACUGCUCAGGGAAAACUGAAGACUAUAAAUGAGGCUUGGAAAAACCUAUCUAGUGAGGAAAAGCAGGCAUACAUUCAGCUUGCUAAAGAUGAUAGAAUUCGUUAUGAUAAUGAAAUGAAGUCUUGGGAAGAGCAAAUGGCUGAAGUUGGACGAAGUGAUCUCAUCCGACGCAAUGUGAAACGAUCGGGAGACUUCACUGAGGACUGAGACAGAAGAUGGAGCUGUCUUCGUGAUUAGGCACAAGAAACCAAUGAGGUCUCAGUGCCGUAAUAGUCACUAAGAAAGGAUAAGGCUGGUUGACACUGGAUAGUCAGUUCCUUUUUCUGUAGCCCAUGGACCUGUGCCUGUUGAAUACAUUUCUGUUAUUAUAUCAAGCCCUGACAGUGGAAGAUCCUGCAGAGUUGUGCUUUUUGCUUAAGAACUAGAGACGAGACUGUCCAUGCAUCUGCAUGUAGUGGUGAAUCAUUCUGUGUUUGGUGGAGAUAGACAGACUGUGAAGUGACUUUUACACUUGGAACAGUUACAUGUAGUUUUGUGAAGUUUUUACACUGAUGACGGUUACGUGCAAGUGUGUCCCCCUGUGUCCGGGGUCAGAGCUGCUUUCACAGCUGUGGCAAAACUAUGACGUAACUGCAUAUUCAAAGGAUUGGAUGAAGUGAUUUCUAGGCAUAAAUCAUGUGUCGAGUUGAUGUUUGUACAUAUAAGUGAUUGUUGACAUCAUAACAGCUUUUUAUAAUAGGGACAAAGAUUUACAAACAAACUUCUCAUCUUUUUCUUUUUCCUAAAGUAAAAACUAAGAAAUUAUGUACUAGGUCUAUGCAUAUUGUUUUUAUUGCAUAGAAUAAAAAUUCUAAUUUUCCAAACAUGA